AUGUCCUUCGACACCCCAGUUCCACCCUUCACCGCAUCGGACCCGCACGCCCGCUUCCUCAGCGCCUCAUGUCUGGAUCUCCUCCUCAUAGAACUAGUGCCAAUGGCGGAACGACUAGCGGACGAACUGUCAGGAGUCAAUGGCAAAUUGGACGAAGAAGAGCAUCGCGAAGCUACCUUCUAUAGAUUGGAGACUUUGGGGUUUCGGGUUGGCCAGGGGUUAGCGGAGAGAUUCUCACGAGAUAGACCGCGAUUUACAGAUAAUCUAGACGUGAUAAAAUUCCUCUGCAAGGAUUUCUGGACAAUUAUAUUUCGGAAGCAGAUUGAUAAUCUGAAGACGAACCACAGGGGCGUAUACGUAUUAACAGACAACGCUUUCCGCCCCUUAACACGAAUGAGCCUAGCAAAUCAGAACGAAGCAAUCGCAAAAGCACAAUCAUAUCUCUGGUUCCCCUGCGGCAUAAUCCGCGGCGGCCUGGCGAGCAUGGGUAUAAAUGCCACCGUGCAAGCUGAAUCCUCAGACCUGCCAGGAGCAACUUUCCAGAUCAAGACGAUACAUAUACAACAGCAACAACCAUCAUCCAAAUCAUGA